GCUAUGGCUACCUCUUGGUCAGACUCGCACAUCUGAUCAGCACUAUCAAGCGGAAAAUCUCUCCAGAGACGAGCAAGUACUACUCGAACGGUUUCCUCCAAGGCUGACACAUGCCAGCCAUGCACUCAUGUAUUCCUUUCCAAGACGGAUCUAACGGAGUUGAUGCCUUUAUCUUUCUUCGAAAAUGCGGAGGCGGAGGGCCGAACGGUGAUCAACACUGGCACCAGUCAAAGAUCUCAUCGGGAUUGCGGCUCGUAGACCAGUGACAGGCGAUGCACUCCCUCGACUAGGUACAUAGAUGUCGUGUUACCCGUGUCAAUGUCAUUUCUGCAUCUUCUUUGCCUCUUGACUACCACUUCGCAUCCCUCGCAAUUACUGUUGCGACAGGACUUGUUGAAGCGCGACUGCAGCGCGAUAACGUAGAAUGGCGCAAGAUGAUGCAAAGCACAACUCACCCUCAAACCUAUCGCUGGACCAAGGAUACUCCUCAGGAUCGGACGGCCAGCAAAUACAAGAGAAGGAGAUAAAGAAUAAUACCUCGAUAUGGAAGCGCAUCUACAACACUAUAACCUACACACCCCCGCGAUGUCGCUGGGACCCGGAAAAACCGCCCGUGUUCAGUAUGCCACUGAAUGUCCUAUUCGGCUUCGCUGGUGCUUUCACGGUCGCGAAUCUCUACUACAGUCAUCCCAUCCUUAAUAUUCUGGCGGAAGAAUUCAAUGUACCGUAUGAGAAGGUGUCGCAGAUUCCUACUGUGAUGCAGGCUGGGUAUGCGGCGGGACUGCUGUUUCUAUGUCCGUUGGGAGAUUUGCUACCGCGAAGACCAUUUGUUUUGAGUCUUGUGUUUUUCACGGCAACUAUGUGGAUCGGCGUUUGUGUGACCAAGGACUUGGCUGCGUUUACUGCUAUCUCUUUCGUUACGGCUGUCACUACCGUUACACCACAGCUUAUGCUCCCGCUGGUUGGUGACCUUGCACCUCCUAAUAAAAGGGCUGCAUCUUUGUCCAUCGUCACGUCUGGCCUUUUGUUGGGUAUGCUGAUUGCUCGACUCCUGUCCGGCGUAUUGACCAACUUUACCUCAUGGCGUAACAUCUACUGGCUAGCGCUUGGUCUGCAAUAUGCCAUCUUUGUCCUUCUCUGGCUAUUCAUGCCAGAUUAUCCCUCUACCAACCCUGGCGGCAUCAAUUACUUCAAGAUCUUAUGGUCGAUUCUCGAGAUGCUCUUCAAAGAGCCAGUCUUGGUACAAGCUUGUUUUGUUACCUUCUUCACAGCAGCAACCUUUACCUGCUUCUGGACAACAUUGACCUUUCUUCUCGCGGGCUCACCUUAUAACUACGACUCUCUGACCAUCGGUCUCUUUUCUCUCAUCGGCAUUGCGAGUAUGUUCACUGGGCCUUUCUGGGCCAAAUAUGUCAUCGAUCGCUUCGUACCUCUGUUCUCUGUAAUACUAGGCGAACUCUGGUGUAUGCUGGGCAUUUGUAUCGGCACCUAUACCGGACGCAUCACAAUCGCUGGUCCGGUGAUCCAGGCUUUCUUCAACGACUUCGGAUUGCAAACAGCGCAGAUCGCCAACAGAAGUGCCAUCUACAGUAUCGCGCCAAAAGCACGCAAUAGAGUAAACACGGCAUUCAUGGUUGCGACGUUCUGCGGUCAGCUUGUUGGCACGGCAGCCGGCAACCAUCUGUAUGCGAGAGGUGGAUGGAUCGUCAGCGGUAGCUACAGCGUAGCCAGCAUCGGCGCUGCACUAAUUUGCUGUUUUGCUCGUGGACCGUGGGCGGAAGGAUGGUUCGGAUGGGGUGGCGGUUGGAGCGUCUACAAGAAAAGUGCCCACAGCGCUGAUGGAAAAGCUGAUGAGAAACAAACCAUGGGAGUUAUCGAGUCCAAGCAUGACGUGGCUCAAGAUCCAGAAAAGGGUGAGACGCAACAGGAACGCGUCAACGAAGGCCAUCCGGUCGAGAAAGGCAUUGAAAUGCUAGGAGCAGAGGAUGGCGAGAACCCUCUCCGAGAGAUGAAAGACCGCGAGGAUGAGGGGAAGAGCUCCGGUAGCCAGGAUAAAGAUGAGAUCACCCCUGUGCAGGAUACGCAGAGAGUGUAAUGACAUGAGCAUGAGUUUAAUGAC